GAACGGAUUUCUUCUUAACGAGUUUUAUCUUUUCCGUGUGGAACCGAAAUUUACCUUUGCGGAAGCUCCGGUACCUGAUCGGAGAUCGGUGUUUAGUUCGUCUUCCUACAUGAUUUCGUCGACAGUGCGAAGUGGGGUGCUGGUGAUCGGAAUAAAUUUGACUAGUGAUCAUGACGACGGUGAUUUCGGUGACGAUAGUUUGUUGUGCAUUCGCAGUUGCCUGUAGUGGGUUUCUGUUUCCAAGUGAAGUUCCGGAUGUUCACAUUGACAGGAUCAAAAACUUUGACAGGUGGCCUCAGUACAGAGAAAGACAAGUUGCUGCGGGAAACUAUCGAAAAUGUAUGACCCCAACGCGCAAACGUGGCCUCUGCAGUUCCAUUUACGAUUGCAGCAGCAUGCUGUCCUUUUUCGGUGAUCGUCUGUUGACUUGGGAGGAGCGGGACUUUUUGAAACUGUCCGCCUGUACCGGUGCCGCCAGCGGUCAGCAACCGUUCGUUUGCUGUCCGGACAAAGCCGUACGGCAUGGGCCGGGUGAUACGAUUCAAACGCCACCCCCACCACCGGAGAUCCCAUCGGCGGUAACUCCACUGCAGCCGGAAAAUCGUGCCCACGUUACCGGCGGAGUGCUGCCGAACCCGAGGGCCAACGAGUGCGGGGUCAGCAUCGGAAUGCGAAUCUACGGCGGCGAGAAUGCCGACAUCGACGAGUUUCCCUGGUUGGCCAUGUUGCAGUUCGAAAAUUUCCGCGGAGAACGAAAAUUCAGCUGCGGCGGAUCGUUGAUCAACAAUCGGUACGUGCUGACGGCGGCACACUGCGUGGUGGGUGAGGUCGAGCGGAAGGAAGGCAAUUUAGUUAGUGUCCGGCUGGGAGAGUACGACACCACGACGGAUGUCGACUGUAUCGAACAGGACGGCGAACGUAUCUGUGCCGAUCCGCCGAUUGAUGUUCCGGUGGAGGAGAAACUGCCCCAUCCGGAGUACAGCGAGCUGACCAAGUUGAAUGAUAUUGCACUGCUGCGGUUGAAUCGGGACAUUCUCUAUACGGACUUUAUUCAACCGAUUUGCCUCCCGUUGGCAGAUUUCCGGAGUUCGACCGCUGGAGAUGUUAAUUUUGUGACAGGAUUUGGACGGACGUUGAAGGGCAGCCGCAGCCCGAUCAAGCAGAAGCUUGGCAUCAAGGUGUACGAUCAGGAUCGGUGUCGGGCUAAAUUCGCCACCAAGAAGGCGGACAUCACGGCCAACCAGCUGUGUGCCGGCGGUGACUUCGCCAAAGAUUCCUGCCACGGAGAUUCGGGUGGUCCGCUGAUGAAACUGCAGAAAGUCUGGACCCUGGAGGGAGUGGUUUCGUUCGGCAACCGGUGCGGCCUGGAGGACUGGCCCGGAGUGUACACCCGGGUACCGGCGUACAUGGACUGGAUCCGGACGACGAUCCGGAAUUAAGAGAGCGUAUUGAUUUUUUCCUGUAUGUGAGUGUGUGAUGAAAAUAAAACCAAACCCCGUUCGAAUAAAA